AUAUGUCCAAAUUUUUAUUCAUAGCAUACAGAUAGAUUUCCUACAAAUUUUGGUUUCUUACAAACUCUAACUGAUCAUAUUUCACAGAUGGUUAGCUUCUCCUAGCAUUCUAUCAUAAUAAGAGGGUGCUAUGAAUUCCGACGACGAUGACUCCCCGUAUGCUUCACCUACCCUUGACGAUAACGCGUCAAAUAAUACUAACGCGUCAUCACCUCGAAGCAGAGCUUCGCCACAAGGGCUAGAUGACGAGAACAAACCGUCUAAUUUUUUCUCAAAUUCCGAAGAAAGAGCUGCUCUUGAACGCGCAGUCGCCUCUCUAGAAGACGAGAAAAACUCAUCUGUUGGUGUCUCAAGUUCCGAUGUUUCAAGUUCCGUAAACAGAGCUGAUUAUCCUUCGGAAGAUGUGAAAACAAAGGCACCACUUGUCGUUGUUUCUGAAGAUAGACCAGUCAAGUGUUUAGAAGACGACGACACAUCUGAUGUUUCAUCGUCUAAAGGCAAAGCUUCACCAGCCGCGGUUAUAUCAGAUACAAAGGCUGCUGACGUUUCAUCGUCUAAAGACAAAGCAUCACCUGCCCCGGUUAUAUCAGAUAACAAGGCCGCUGAUGCUUCAACGGCCAAAGACAGUGCUCCGACGCCUCAAGGUAGAGCUUCUCCUGCAGUGGCAUUAAUGUCUUCAGAAGAUGAGAACAAAUCAGAUAGUGUUGUUCCAAAAGCUGAAGAGAGUAACAAGAAAAAAGAAACUUAUUUUACGCAAUCAGAAGCCAAGUCAGACGCAGUUCCGCCCUCUCCGGUUGUAUCUAGUGAAAAAGAAGCUCCGAGCGUACUCAUGGUACCAGAAGACGGAGAUCCUCCUGGAAAUGCUAGCCUUUACAGUUUUCCGACGUAUGGAGAAUCCAAGUCUUCGAGUGCGUUGGAAUUGAAAACUAGCAGAAACGACGUUGCCAAUGGACACGCAGUGAAAGAUGACAAGGCAGAAAGCAAAAUUGUUGCACGGCCAUCUACAGAUGAUGACUGCGUGGCUGCGGUACCAUCUCCGCACCACAGGAGAUGUGUUAGUGUUGACAUUGCCAAAAUUCCUGCUAAUUAUAGUAACAGUACUCCGAGUCCAAAAACCGAUUUGGGUAGAGCCCGAACACAUAUUGACACAAGACCACCCUUCGAAUCUGUGAAGGCAGCCGUCUCAAAGUUUGGGGGGAUCGUCGACUGGAAGGCCCAUCGUGUGCAUACCGUGGAGAGACGGAAGUACAUUGAACAAGAGCUUGACAAAGCACAGGAGGAAAUGCCGUCGUGUAAGCAACUAUGUCAGGCAGCGAACGAGGCGAAAAUUCAAGUCCUGAAACAGCUAGAAAGCACUAAAAGACUGAUUGAAGAGUUAAAGCUUAAUCUUGAAAGAGCGCAAACAGAGGAGCAGCAAGCAAAACAAGAUUCUGAACUUGCGAAGCUGAGGGUGGAGGAGAUGGAGCAAGGGAUUGCUGAUGAGGCUAGCUUUGCUGCAAAGGCACAGCUUGAGGUCGCCAAGGCACGGCACGCUGCUGCAGUUGCGGAGCUCAAAUCUAUCAAAGACGAGCUCGAGCAGCUCAGACGAGACUAUGACUUACUGAUAGCUGAGAAAGAAGCAGCUGAGAAAAAAGCUGAAGAAGCUCACUUUGCUUCUAAACAAGUUGACAAGUCAGUCGAGAGUUUGACAAUCGAACUCAUUACUCUGAAGCAGUCGCUAGAUUCUGCACAUUCUGCACAUCUGGAGGCCGAGGAGCACAGAAUCGGAGCAGUUAUGGCUAAAGAGCAAGACAGUCUUAACUGGGAGGUGGAACUGAAACAGGCUGAGGAGGAGCUCGAGAAACUAAAUCAGCAAAUGAUUACAACGAAAGAAUUGAAAUCAAAGUUGGCUGAAGCUAUGACACUGCUGCAGGAUUUGAAGGCUGAAUUGGCUGCUUAUAUGGAAUCCAAAUCAGAUGAAACCGGCAGCGAAGAUCCACUUAAAGAGCCUUUGACAAAAACUCGCGCAGACUUUGAGACUGCUAUCAAUGCAGCAAAGAAGGAGCUUUCAGAUGUAAAGCUCAAACUCGAGAGAGCAACAAAGGAGGAAAAUAUUUUGAAGGUGGCCUCCGCAUCAUUGAAAUCACAACUCGAGAAUGAAAAUGCGGAGCUUCAGGCCAUCCAGGAAAGGGAAGGAACAGCGUCCGCUGCAGCUACGUCUCUCCACGCGGAGCUGAACAGGAUCAAGUCCGAAAUCAAUGCCAUACGGAUGAAGGAGGAAGAGGAAAGAGAGAAACUGGUUGACCUUCCCUUGCAAAUGCAGAAGGCAGCUGAAGAAGUAGAACAAGCAAAGGAGCUAGCAAGAACAGCUGGCGAGGAGCUCAAGAAAGCGACAGAUGAAGCAGAGGAGGCAAAAGCAGGUGUGAGCACGAGGGAGGGCAAACUGCGCGCAGUUCAGAAAGAAAUCGAAGCUGCAAAGGCAGCCGAGAGGCUGGCACUGGCAGCUAUAAGCGCAUUGCAGGAAAGUGAAUCUGCUCAAAGGAACGUGGAUGAGGAUUCAGUAAACGGAAUCACACUAUCUUUAGAAGAGUAUUACGAGCUGAGCAAGAGGGCACACGAGGCUGAGGAGCAAGCAAACAUGAGGGUGGCUGCAGCUAUGUCUCAAAUAGAGGCGGCCAAGGAGUCAGAGCAGAAGAGCUUGAAUAAACUGGAGGAAGUGAGCCAGGAUAUGUCUAAGCGGAAGGAUGCACUUGAGAUUGCAUUGCAGAAGGCCGAAGCAGCCACAGAGAGGAAACUGGGUGCUGAACAGGAACUACGAAACUGGAGAGCUGACCAAGAACAGAAACGGAAGAAUGCUGAGUCCGCUACCUCAGCCACAAAUACCGGUAAGAGUUCAAAAGAUGGGAAAGAUUCUAAGAAUCAAAAGUCUCCCAAGUCAGGCUCCAGCAAAGGCACAGACACUCAAGAUGGGAAAGCUGGAAAGAAGAAGAAGAAAUCAUUCUUCCCGCGAAUCUUCAUGUUCCUGGGAAGAAAGAAGUCAUCGCAUUCGUCUUCGAAGGGAGAGUAAUUUAUCUUUCUCAUUUACAACCAUUAUUGCUUCACUAUAGCUCUGCCACUAUGAUUCAACCAAAUUGAAUUAUACUGACUAUAUGUCAGGUUUAUAGGAGAGGACCAGAGUGACUGUUAUGUUAUCAUCUGUUGUAAAAGUACUCUCUGUAAAUCUUUGAAUAGCCUACUAGAAAUUUGAUUUUUUUUUAUGAAUAAUUUAGUGAUUUAUGGCAUUCAGAAAAUGAGAAGUCGUCCUCUUUGACAAGUUGCUUUUCUCUCUCUUUCAAGUUUCAGGGAAUAACCUUA